AUGGACGGAAAACACGGCCCGGAGCCGACCGAUGACCAGACGCUGGCCCGGCUGGGCAAGAAACAGGUCCUGAAGCGACGAUUCGGAGUCGUCUCGAUCUUCGGGUUCGCCAUCGCUGAGCUCAUUACAUGGGAAACCGUACUUGUCCUGUUCGAGCAAUCCUAUGAGAACGGCGGUCCCAGCGGCGCGUUCUACGGCUACAUCAUCGCCUCAGUCUCCACAUUAUCGGUCUAUAUAGUCAUCUCGGAGCUGGCAUCCAUGGCGCCAAUUGCUGGCGGCCAGUAUUACUGGGUCUACAUGAUGGCUCCCCUACGUUGGAAGAAAAUCUCAAGCUACCUCAUCGGGUGGCUGACCUCCCUGGCCUGGAUCGCAACUAUCGCAACCGAGUCCAUUUUCCUCGGUACGAUCAUCGAAGGCUUAAUCAAGCUGGAACAGCCUAGCUUUGAAGUGCAGCGAUGGCACAACACACUAUGGUCUUGGGCCAUGGUGGCAAUUGCCAUCUUUAUCAACAUCAUCAUCCCCAAUACGUUGCCCAAGUUUGAAAUCAUCAUCCUGGUCCUACACAUGCUUGGCUUCGUUGCCAUCACGGCUGCACUUCUUGCGCUAUCACCGAAAGCUUCCCCUGAAUUCGUGUUCCACACGGUGUCAAAUGGCGGUAACUGGCCCAGUCAAGGCAUUUCCUACUGCAUUGGGUUCAUUGGGAAUGUCGCUACCUUUGUCGGUGCCGACGCAAGCAUUCACAUGGCGGAGGAAAUCGAAAACGCAGCAAUCAACCUUCCCCGCGCCAUCGUCGGUGGCAUGAGUAUGAACAGUCUCCUCGGAUUCUCCAUGAUGCUCACCAUUCUCUUCUGUCUGGGGCCCGACCCGAAGACGGUGAAUUCGAUUUUGGGAUCAGAUACUGGUUUCCCAUACAUCCAGUUGUUCUACAACUCAACACAAUCUUACGCAGCAGCAGCAGUUAUGACAGCCAUCGGCAUCGUUCUCACCAUGGCGUGCUCGGUUGGCAUUACUACAACAGCAUCUCGUAUGACAUGGUCCUUUGCCCGCGAUUACGGACUGCCCUAUUCCCGCUUUAUUUUGAAAGUCAGCAAGCGCAACAAAGUCCCAGUUGUGGCCGUCUUCGUAGUCUGUGCCUUUGCCUGUGCCCUGACGCUCAUCUACAUCGGCUCUACUACGGCAUUCAACGACGUCAUUUCCCUCACGGUCACCGCAUUCUAUGGCUCCUAUCUUUUCCCAAGCGCGAUGCUCCUGUACCACCGAGUCAAAGGGAAUGUUCUCCCGCACGGAACCCUCAUCCAGGGCCAAGGUAUCGACCGCCUCAAUAGCCUAUCGACUACCGCCAAAGCGACUGAUCCAAAGGACACUGCCCAUGCUCCACUCUCCGAUACCAUUGAGAUCCAUCCGAACGCAGCUGCUCAAGACGGUCUCGGUGCCAACACCACCAUCCCAGAGAAGAGUUCCGCCCGCCCCAUCGAGCUCAACGUAGCGGAAGCGCCUCUGAUCUGGGGGCCCUGGAAAAUCCCAGGUAUCUUGGGGACGUUAAACAAUCUCUACGCUUGCCUCUACAUGAUCUUCGUGAUCUUCUGGAGCACAUGGCCCCCCGCAACGCCAGUUAACUACACAACUAUGAACUACAGUAUUGUCGUUACCGUUGGUGUCCUCAUUCUGAGUGGCGUCUGGUAUAUUGUACGCGGCAGGACGGAAUAUAAAGGUCCGCUCAUUGACGACGAUGUUGCGGCCAUCAUGCACAUUGCCGUAUAG